AGCCGCGGGCCGGGGCUGUGAGGUGGCAGCUGCUGCAGCGGCGGAGCCGGCGCCUCGGCGGGCACUGGGGUCUGUCCCCCCUUCCCGGUCCCUGCUCCCUGCGAGGCGCGCGCGGGGUGCCACUCCCACCUCGGACCCGGGGACCCCGACCGCCUUCAUCCGGCCUCCCCCGGCCCCCAGCACUGCUCCCGGGGUCCUCCUGGAGGGGCUCGGGCGUCCCUUCUGGUCCCGCGCUCGCUACCUCGGUGCAGUCCCUGGCGCGGCCUUUCCCCUGCCCGCGGGCCUGAGGACAGCGUCUCGCCCCCUCUCCCAGCCGCGAGCUCCGGUCUACCCGCCGCCGCCGGCCCCGCAGAACCAGCCAAGCUGGACCCCCGCCCCCGCUCUGCAGCCCCGUGACGUAGCCGAUUUGUUUGUUUUGAAACAGACGGCAGGACUCGUGUGGGGCCUUAUUUCCAGGGCUAGGCUUGGUCUUUGCUCGCUGAGAGGUAGCUCAGGGCGCCUCCCCAGCCGCGCUUCGGUUUGCCUUCUUGGAGCCCCUGCGUUGUCGCUAACUGCUGCUUGUCCUGCCUGUUUGCUUUUGGUUUGUUUCAUUGGGUCCCUGGGGCCCUGGUAAAGCCAGACACCAAAUUGGUGUCCCACAGCAAGGGUUCCUGUAAUUUUCCUGCAGACUCAGCCCUGCAAUUGCUCUGCAAGAUGGCUCCAUCAGCCAUGGCGCCCCUCUGAGAGGCUGUCAGUGCUGAGUCACCUAUCUGUGUGCCUCAUUUGGGUGGGCAGAACUUGUGCGUACCCUGUCGGUGGCUCCUGUUCACUCCUGAGUAGGAGGAGGGGUUACUGUAGCCAUUGUGUUUCCUUGACACUGCGGGCAGAGUAAAAAGAGCCUCUGGCCCCUUCCUUUGUGCCGGUUGGCCAGCCGGCCAGCAACCCUUCAGUAGCUUGAAUGAAGAAUGAUGCCAGAACUAGGCAUUACUAAGGAAAGGCAGACUCCUUUGGUUGGUGGCUGUUGUUCUGAUGGAUCAUGUGCUUUUCCCUAACCCAUUCUUUAUCAGUUGCUACCAUCUCUUGAUUUAGGUGCAAGUCUACAGAUGUGUAGGUUUGACAGUAUUGAGUUUUGUCUCCUCCCCUUUCUACUGGAAGACAGACCAUGAUCUCAUUGUGAGUGAAAGUGAUUCUCAUGUUUAUCAUCGUGUGGGCUGAGGUUUAGAUCCAGCACUUUGUGAAGACCAGGUGGAUGGACUUGUGAAGAGAGGACAGUCUUCCUGGUGAUGCUGGGCCUGGAAGCCAACGCACCUUGCUCUGUUGUUGACCUCCUUGACCCCAGGCUUCCUGGUUAAAAUUGUAGGCCUACAGUUGGCCCAGCACCCAUCAACCCAUUGAUCCUUGAGGCUGUGCCCCCUGGGCCACCCACAUGGCAGGACACACUGCCAUGCGACUGAGCUCCCUGUUGGCUGUGCUGCGGCCAGCACUACCCCUCAUCCUAGGGCUGUCUCUGGGAUGCAGCCUGAGCCUCUUGCGGGUUUCCUGGAUCCAGGGUGAGGGAGAAGAUCCCUGUGUAGAGGUCGUGGGAGAGCCAGGAGGGCCACAGAAUCCAGAUUCAAGAACUCGGCUAGACCAAAGUGAUGAAGACUUUAAACCCCGAAUUGUCCCCUACUACAGGGAUCCCAACAAGCCGUACAAGAAGGUGCUCAGGACUCGAUACAUCCAGACAGAGCUGGGCUCCCGUGAACGGUUGCUGGUGGCUGUACUGACCUCUCGAGCCACACUGUCCACUCUGGCCGUGGCUGUGAACCGCACAGUGGCCCACCACUUCCCUCGGUUACUCUAUUUCACGGGGCAGCGAGGGGCCCGGGCUCCAGCAGGGAUGCAGGUGGUGUCCCAUGGGGAUGAACGGCCUGCCUGGCUCAUGUCAGAGACCCUGCGACACCUUCACACACAUUUUGGGGCCGACUACGACUGGUUCUUCAUCAUGCAGGAUGACACGUAUGUGCAGGCGCCCCGCCUGGCGGCCCUCGCUGGCCACCUCAGCAUCAACCAAGACUUGUACUUGGGCCGGGCAGAGGAGUUCAUUGGUGCAGGCGAGCAGGCCCGGUACUGUCAUGGGGGCUUUGGCUACCUGUUGUCUCGGAGUCUCCUGCUUCGCUUACGGCCACAUCUGGAUGGCUGCCGGGGAGACAUUCUCAGUGCCCGUCCUGACGAGUGGCUUGGACGCUGCCUCAUCGACUCUCUGGGCAUUGGCUGUGUCUCACAGCAUCAGGGGCAGCAGUAUCGCUCAUUCGAACUGGCCAAAAAUAGGGACCCAGAGAAGGAGGGGAGCCCAGCUUUCCUGAGUGCCUUCGCCGUGCACCCUGUCUCCGAGGGUACCCUCAUGUACCAGCUCCACAAACGCUUCAGUGCUCUGGAGUUGGAGCGGGCUUACAGUGAAAUAGAGCAACUGCAGGCUCAGAUCCGGAACCUGACGGUGCUGACUCCCGAGGGGGAGGCAGGGCUAAGCUGGCCCAUUGGGCUCCCGGCCCCUUUCAUACCACACUCUCGCUUUGAGGUGCUGGGCUGGGACUACUUCACAGAGCAGCAUACCUUCUCCUGUGCAGAUGGGGCUCCCAAGUGCCCACUGCAGGGGGCUAGCAGGGCAGACGUGGGCGAUGCUGUGGAGACUGCCUUGGAGCAGCUCAAUCGGCGCUAUCAGCCCCGCCUGCGCUUCCAGAAGCAGCGGCUGCUCAACGGCUACCGGCGCUUUGAUCCGGCACGGGGCAUGGAGUACACCCUGGACCUGCUGUUGGAAUGUGUGACUCAGCGUGGGCACCGGCGGGCCCUGGCCCGCAGGGUCAGCCUGCUGCGGCCACUAAGCCGGGUGGAAAUCCUACCUAUGCCCUAUGUCACUGAGGCCACCCGAGUGCAGCUGGUGCUGCCACUCCUGGUGCCUGAAGCUGCUGCAGCUCCGGCUUUCCUUGAAGCCUUUGCAGCCAAUGUCCUAGAGCCACGAGAACAUGCGUUGCUCACUCUGCUGCUGGUCUAUGGGCCACGAGAAGGGGGCCGUGGGGCCCCAGACCCAUUUCUUGGGGUGAAGGCUGCAGUAGCUGAGUUAGAGCGACGGUAUCCUGGGACAAGGCUGGCCUGGCUCGCUGUGCGAGCAGAGGCCCCUUCCCAGGUGCGACUCAUGGAUGUGGUCUCUAAGAAGCACCCCGUGGACACUCUCUUCUUCCUCACCACCGUAUGGACAAGGCCUGGACCUGAAGUCCUCAACCGGUGCCGCAUGAAUGCCAUUUCUGGCUGGCAGGCCUUCUUUCCAGUCCAUUUCCAGGAGUUCAACCCCGCCUUGUCACCACAAAGAUCACCCCCAGGACCCCCAGGGGCUGGCCCUGAUCCCCCAUCCCCUCCUGGUGCUGACCCUUCCCGGGGGGCUCCCGUAGGGGGCAGAUUUGACCGGCAGGCUUCUGCAGAGGGCUGCUUCUACAACGCUGACUACCUGGCGGCUCGGGCCCGGCUGGCUGGUGAACUGGCAGGCCAGGAAGAGGAGGAAGCCCUGGAGGGGCUGGAGGUGAUGGAUGUUUUCCUCCGGUUCUCAGGGCUCCACCUCUUUCGGGCCGUAGAGCCAGGGCUGGUGCAGAAGUUCUCCCUGAGGGACUGCAGUCCACGGCUCAGCGAGGAACUCUACCAUCGCUGCCGCCUCAGCAACCUGGAGGGCCUGGGGGGCCGUGCCCAGCUAGCCAUGGCUCUGUUUGAGCAGGAGCAGGCCAACAGCACUUAGCACCCCCCUUCCAGGGCUUUGACCUUACAUUUCCCUUUGUCUGUCUUAGCCCCAGGAAGGGCAAGGCAAGAUGAUGGAUAGAUGGAGGACUUGUCACUGUAUUUUUUUAAUAAGAAAAUGUUAUUAAAAAUGUCUUCUGACAAA